AUGAACAUGUUGGACGAUGUAGACGGCGACAGCUUUCACGAAACCCAUGAAAGCUACUCCCAUUUGAGCGACAUCGAAUGGAGUUCGAUCGAACGAAUGAGUUCGACCGUUUGCGAGGAAGCCAUUUGGGCCAUGCUAUCCUCAAGGGAUAGGGACCAGCAACACGCCGUCAUUAGCAAGUUCUUGCAACGAGAACUUGAUGAGUCGCGAGCGCAGGUGACCUUGUUACAACAACAAGAUCACCAGCGAACCGAAGCACUGAGACCACAACAGUCUGAGUCCACUGAGCCGACGCGUGAGCGUCGACGGGAGUCUCUAAAACCAGAGGACUCCAAGUAUUGGGGAGUCGAGGAAGACUCCCUGUCGAGGUGGUUCGUCGAGAUGGACGAUGCCAUCGAUGCUCGUCGCAUCGACGAUGAGCGAAUGCAAGUCUCAUUCGCUCAGUCUAAGCUGGCAGGAGAAGCCAGAUCUUGGGCCCUGAACCUCAACUUGCACGACCCAAAUGUGUUUGGGUCGUUGAGGAUCUGCAAGACCCUGCUCAGUGAGACGCCCGAGCCGCCCAAAGCAGAGCUCAAGACUCUUUCGAAGCUCCUGCAAUUCAAGCAGGGUAAGCGUAAGGUUCACGCUUACGCUCAACAUGUACGCUACCUUGCAAACUGCAUGGUAGUGAACCCUGUGAGUGAAUUUGUGUUGAUCACAAUCUUUAUUCAAGGGCCUUCAGACGGUCCCGUUAGGGACCACUUGUUCCGCGGAUAG